UGUGAGUUUGCCACGUAUCUUAACAUUUGGCAAAUCCUUGUAAACUUAGUCACUGACUGGCACAAACCAGUACCUUCUCCAAUCACUUCGGCAGCAGAGGGAGGAGGACAGGAUGGAGGACUACCUGCACAGAGAGCAGCUGCACACACACGCUGUACAGUGCCAGAAACAAGUUGUGAUGAGGACAAGGAAAAACUAUGAAAUCAGGAGAUAAACAGGAAUAAUUAUCAAUCGGGAUGACUCAGCUCUGACCAUGUAGAUACACAUGAUAGAUACACGCUCAGGUUCUUAAACAAAAACCAGAUAUCCCUUUAAACAAAGUGAUAAACUAAUGCUUUCAGACCCAAGUGUAUCAAAAGGGAUUGUUCAGUAGGUCAUCCACUAGUUUCCAGCACAGGCAUCCCUCUUUCAGCAUACUCACAGUUUACAUGCAAAGUCUGUGACCUUGUGCACCAAGUGCACGUUAUCAGAGAGUGUCAGGAUUCUCUGCACACAUCAAAGACCUCCCUUCAGCUCCCCUCAGCUGUCUAACAAAUAGGGUGGAGUGUCUGGCCAGAGCUGAUUAAGAGAAGUUUAUGGAUUGUACUUCACUCAUUGCUGUAGUUUCUGGACUCUUGUUUCAUGUUUGCUGGUUUACUCUUUCCUGUACGUCCAUGAGAAUAUAAGAUGAAGAAGAAGUUGAUCCUUGAUUUGGACACAGGGGUGGAUGAUGCUAUGGCCAUCAUGGUGGCCCUGGCAGACCCCAAUGUGGAAAUUUUGGGGAUCACCUGCAGCCAUGGCAACACACCCCUGGAGAACGUCCUAAAGAACACACUACGAGUGCUGAAAGUCUGCAACAGGCUGGAUAUCCCGGUAUACCGCGGCUGCGCAGAGCCCCUGCUGGCCGGUAAACUCCACGCUGGAGAUUUCCACGGGAAAGACGGGAUGGGUGAUGUCCCAGAUGCAGAUGCUCCUGGUCUGGAGCUGCUGCAGAAGGAAAAAGCCGUACAGGCCAUGAUCAAGAUUAUCAGUGAAAACCCUGAAGAGGUGAGUCUGGUCGCCACGGCGCCCCUCACUAACCUGGCCCUCGCUGUCAAACUGGAACCCUCCCUCCCUAAGAAACUGAAGGCGCUUUAUAUCAUGGGAGGAAACACUGAAUCCAGAGGUAACACUACAGUAUGUGGAGAGUUUAACUUUUUGGCUGACCCUGAGGCUGCCCACAUUGUGUUGGACUGCUACACCUGUCCCACCUACAUCGCCACCUGGGAGUUCAGCUGCAGGAACAGCCUGCCAUGGUCUUUCUGUGAAACUUGGCUGGCUCAAGACACAGACAAGGCUCGUUUCGUGGAGAAGAUUUCCCGGCACACCAGGAAGAUGGUCCAAACUGAGCGGUAUCAAAAGGAGCUGGUGGCAGGACCGGGGUUCAACUCCUGUGACACCUAUGCUUUGGCUGCUGCCAUCAACGACACACUGGUGACAGAAAGCGAGCAGGUUGCAGUGUCAGUGGAGUUGGCGGGAACCCACACCCGAGGCAUGAUGGUGCUCGACUACAUGGGCCUGCUGAAUAAGAAACACAAGGCCUUCAUCAUGAAGAAAAUUGACUCGGAGAAGUUCAAGAAAAUGUUGAUGGAUGCACUGAAAUAGCUUCUCUGAGCCACAGUAUUAUACUUUUUGCAAUAUACUGUUCAUGCCACUCUGAAAUACCCAAAAUAUAGUAUUAUGCCAUUAAUAUAUGCAGACAACAUAAACAAGUGAUACUGCAUUCACUCUGUAGCAUAAUAUGUAUAACACACUACAGAAAUGGGAAUGUCUGUCAGUCCACCACUUUUUUCCAGACUGAAAAAUCUCAACAAUGAUCACAUUGAUUGCCAUGAAAUAUUGUACAGACACUCAUUCAUUCAUUCAUCCAUGUCCCCCUGAGGAUGAAUUGUAGUAACGUUGGUGAUCCCUUAACUUUUCAUCUAGCACCAAUGUCUCAUUUUUUCGAUUGGUGGUUGUUGUCUGGAAGUCAACAACUGCUUAUGAACUCUGUGCAACUAUAAAACAACUAUACAUUCUCCAGUUUCUUUCUUAAAAACUUACAUGAGUCAAUACAUGCUAUGUGUACUGUCUCAGAACUCAAAAUGUUGUGGGAAAUUCAUAAUGGCUUCCAAAAAAGCUCUUAAUUACGUCAGACCUUUUUUCAGGUAUAGAUGCUUCACCAUGAAUCUGCAUCAUAAUGUGAAACAAACAUCACUGUAAUCCUGUGAUAGUCUAGCACUGAGGAUCAACAGUGACACUGUCUGACUUUAGCAUGUUACUACAAAAUCCAAUAAAGAACCAUCCCUACAAUACAAAAAACAUCCAGAUCUUUUAAAGCAAGGUGUGUACUGCUGGGAGGUUGAAACAAUGCAGAUUGGACCAGCAUUAGGAAAGCAUGGAUCAGAUUUAUUUCACAACAUAAGUUAAUAAAACUUUUUAUUGAAAGUGCUUUGGAAUGUACACUUCAAGAAAAAAAAUAAAGGAAAAAAAGUCUGUAU